AUGUUGGGCCAGCAGUCUCGCGACAGUUUGCGCCUUCUGGCCAGGAUACCACCAAUGCCAUCUUUUAACUCGCUGAAGUUACCGCGCGGCCAAUCGACGACGUUGGUGCUGUCGGCCUCCAAAUAUAUAUUCUUCGUCUUGCUAUUGAUUAAUUUUCGGUCUCUACCGUUUGCCUGGCACAUUCGCGUGUUCCUACCAGUCCUGCGACUCCGUCUCCAGUACUACCUCCUACGACUUCGCAUCCUGUUCAGGCCCAAAGAGGUUAGGGCAAAGAUCCUUGCAGACUGGGGCGAAGGUUUAUGUCCAAUUGGCGCAAACCCCUUCGAGCUCGUGACCUGUGUGGACGACGCCGAUUACAAUGGACACCUCAGCAAUUCCAGUUAUGCGAAGGCUCUCGAUGCAGCCCGCCUGAAACUGGUUCUGAAAGCCCUCCCUGCGUUCGCAAGGAGUGGUGGGUGGAUGGCUCUGGGGUCUACUCACUUUCAUUUCAUUCGAGAAAUACCGUUCCUGAGGAGCUACGAGAUAAGGCUCUCCAUCGGGGCAUGGGACCAUAAAUGGAUGUUCCUUAUUGCUCGCUACGUCUCUUUCCCAAAGAACAGACAUAGUCAGCAACUGGGGACUAAAAACGAUAGUGCCAGACUAUCAAAGAUACCGACAACAUCAAAUGACUUUCCUCGGAUUUUGCUAAGCACGCCUGCGGAAGAUUUGACUACCCCUGCGACCCCCAGCAACGUGACUGAGGUGGACUCCAACCUUCAAGCCGAAAAGACAGCAAAGGCAAUGGAAGGCCUGGCUGCUGCACAGUCAAGAAUGCUCGAGUCCGACGGUGCCGUACUUCACUGUGUGGCGAUCUCAUAUAUUUGCUUCAAGCAUGGCCGCAUUACAGUGCCUCCUGGCGUUAUUCUCCCAUGUGAAGGUUUCUCGAAACCUCCCAGUACUGCUGCUGCCGCACCAUUCUCGUCGACGAACCCUCCCCCUCACUGGAAGAAGGCCCAAGCAUUGCGCGUUGCUCCAUCAGGCAGCAUGCCCACAUUUGCAAAAUUUCUGAAAGGAGACUGGCGCGAUGUGCCUGAAGACGAGAGGUGGUGGGAGGAGGCGUUGGAUGGGCCAAUAGAAGAGCAGCGAAAGGCUAAUCUCGAAGUCCUUGAUUCCAUCAGGAAAGGGAUGGAAGGAGCGAGGUUCAUUGGAUAG